ACGUGAAUGCGCGCGGUUCCAUAGAAACAGUGGUACUUAAAUGAUUUGCAUCUGAUUCUAAGCCUGCAGCGGCCGUUGAAACAUAAAUUGUUAAUAAACAUUGCGUUGAAUCGGGUUUCAAUUGAAAGUGGUGCACACGUGUUGAAUGUUGUUUUGGUUUUCUUUUUUUGUUUUUCAAUAUCAGCUAUCAUAAGACUGAACAGUUUUUUCAUCAGCGGAAGUUGAGUGCGGUGAUUACAUUGUGAUCAACGUGAUGAUUUGAGGACAUGUGUUUGCAGCUAUAAUUUGAAGCUAGUGUAUAAAACCGACUACAGUUGAUAAGAAAGGUGAUUUGCGAUCUAGGAUAAAACAACCAACGAUCGGUUCUGGUAUAGGGCAGAAUGCAAGGACACGAGAAUAACGGUUUUGAAAAUGACAGCCCCUCAAUACCGGGUCAGUUCCGGUGGAGUACUGUGAUCGGAAGCGAAGGAAUAGAGGACACAAAACAUAGACGGAAAUCGAAGAGUGGAGAUUCGGUAGUUACCCAAACGAUCACCAAUAGUUCUACUUCUUCACUAGAGAAUACUCCCGGAAGAGACCAGUGGGGUAAAGGAAUUGAAUUUCUAAUGUCCUGCAUAGCCAUGUCGGUCGGGUUGGGUAACGUUUGGCGUUUCCCGUUUAUCGCUUUGGAAAAUGGAGGCGGUGCCUUUGUAAUACCAUACAUUAUAGUGCUUCUGUUAGUCGGCAGGCCAGUCUAUUACAUGGAGAUGAUCAUUGGUCAGUUUUCCAGUCGAGGGAGUGUCAAAAUCUAUGAUUGUGCACCAAUUAUGAGAGGCAUCGGCUAUGGACAGAUCAUCUCGAUAGCGAUCGUUGCCACGUACUAUGCAUCUCUGAUGGCUACCACGUUGAAGUAUCUUUUCGAAUCCUUUCAAAGCAUUCUUCCGUGGUCCGUUUGUGAUGAAAGCUGGUCCGGUUUCUGUAUCUCCUCGGGAGAUGUGACAGGCCGAAACCACGGCAACGUCACGUUGAUGAUCGCUUCGAACUCCAGUGUAGUUCCGAUAAGCUCUUCAGCAGAAUUGUACUAUAAACGUGUGGUUCUCAAAGAAAUCAGCAGCAUUGACGACGGAAUUGGUCUACCAGACUGGCAGCUCACCUUGUUUCUGUGUUUAUCCUGGUCGGUCGUUUUACUCACUCUUAUCAAAGGCGUAAAAAGUGCGGGGAAAGCAUCGUACUUCUUAGCACUCUUUCCUUACUUGGUAAUGAUCAUUCUCUUGGUGCGAGCCUGCACCCUUCCUGGUUCCGUGAAUGGAAUUAUCUACUUCCUUAAGCCUCAGUGGGACAAGAUCCUGGAUCCGAAAGUAUGGUACGCUGCCGUGACCCAGUGUUUCUUCUCACUUUCAAUUUGUUUUGGCAAUAUUAUUAUGUAUUCGUCGUACAACAAAUUCCGUCACAAUGUUCAUCGCGAUGCGACGAUCGUGACUACGAUCGACACUUUCACUUCUCUGCUGGCAGGUUGUACAAUCUUCGGCAUUCUCGGUCACCUGGCACACGUAGUCGGUAGCGAUGAUGUCGGCAACGUUGUUAAGCCAGGGGCCGGACUAGCUUUCAUUUCCUAUCCGGAGGCGAUUGCCAAGUUCGAGGUAGUGCCGCAAGUUUUCUCGGUCAUGUUCUUUCUGAUGCUGUUCGUGCUCGGAAUCGGCAGUAAUGUGGCCAUGACUUCCUGUGUGAUGACCGUCAUUCGGGAUCAGUUUCCGAAGGUAAAGAAUUGGCAAGCAGCUGGUACGAUUGCAGUUUGUGGCGUAGGACUGGGAAGUGUCUAUGUGACACCGGGAGGCCAAUAUAUUCUUACUUUGGUGGACCAUUUUGGGGCUUCUUUCAUCGCAUUGGUACUAGCUAUUGCCGAAUUGAUUGCAAUCGGUUGGAUCUACGGUACUGAGCGUUUCUGCAAGGAUGUAGAGUUUAUGCUAGGUAGACGGCCAAGUUUAUAUUGGCGGCUUUGCUGGCGAUGGAUCACUCCAAUACUGAUGUUUGCCAUCCUGGUCUACAAUCUAGUGACUUUGGAACCACUAACUUAUCAGGGCUACAUUUAUCCGUCGGCCGUUUACGCGUUAGGCUGGUGCAUAACGGCAUUUGGACUCUUACAGUUACCAAUUUGGGGAUGCUAUGCAAUCUUCAAACAGGAAGGAAAAACGUUAUCUGAGAAAAUAUCAAACGCAUUCCGACCACUACCAAAAUGGGGACCAAUGGAACCACAGCUGAACCAAGAAUACAAAAAAUUCGUCAACGAAGACUGAGUUUUUUUUCAUAAUCGCAAAGUACAAGGAAUAAUAAGCGUUUGCUACAAAUAAGUCCUCAACGAUGCUACAAUUUAUGCCCAAUGUGCUAGAAGUAUUAUGUUCAGUGAUGAUGUGAUUACUAUUUAACGAACCAGUUUUAACUUAUUACCAUUUAGUGAUAGAACAAUCGAAAACAGUUACAUUUA